CAACCUGGAACUCACUAUAUAGACCAGUCUGAAGUGCUGUUUUGUUUUUGAUUUGUUUUGCUUUGGUUGGUUUGGUUUUUGUUUGUUUUUUUUCACGUCAGGGUUUCUCUGUGCAGCCUUGACUGCUCUUGAAUCUCACUCUGUAGAAGUCAAACUCAUAGAGAUCUGUCUCCCAAGUAAAUUCUGGGAUUAAAGGCUGUGCCACCACUGCCUGGCCCCUGAGUACUAUACUGUGGUCCAGCCAACCUGGCCUGGAACAUAUAGCCUAGACCUGGCCUUGAAUUUUAUUGAAUUUAUUGUUCAUUUGCAUUUCAAAUGUUAUACUGCUUCCCGGUUUCCCCCCUCCCCGAAAACCCCCAACUCCAGAAUAUGCUCCUCCAUCCAACCCACUCCCACGACCCCCACUCGAUUUCUCCACACUGGGGCCUCUAUUGAGCCUUCACGGGACCAAGGACCUCGCCUCCCACUGAUGCCAGACAAGGCAUUCCUCUGCCACUCUUUUGGCUGGAACCAUGUGGAUCCCUUGGUUGAUGGCUUAGUUUAACAACAAUCCCGCUGCCUCAGCUUCCCCAGUUUAGCUUAAGAGCAUAACCCACCACGCCUGGCAUUACAUUCCUGCUCAAGCGCUGGCUGGAUAAUGUUAGCACUGGUCUGCUGACCUGUUUCAGGAGGUGCAUCCCAUCCGGGUCCAUUCCCUAGGGAAGCCACAGCUUCCUGGUGGGGCUCUUCGGAAAUGGCCCCAGGGGCCCCCACGCUGCUGCUGCUACUGCUGGGGUUAUUGCUGCUGCCGCUGCUGCCCGGACUCCCACCCCGCGCCACUGGCUGUCCCGCCGCCUGCCGCUGCUACAGCGCCACAGUGGAGUGUGGUGCCCUACGGUUGCGCGUGGUCCCACAGGGAAUCCCUCCGGGGACUCAGACGCUGUUCCUGCAAGACAACAGCAUCGCGCACCUGGAGCAGGGAGCCCUGGCUCCUCUCGCUGCCCUGCGCCACCUCUACCUGCACAAUAAUACCCUGCGUGCGCUGGAGUCCGGCGCCUUCCGCGCACAGCCCCGCCUGCUUGAACUGGCGCUCACCGGCAACAGGCUUCGGGGAUUGCGGGGCGGUGCAUUUGUGGGCUUGGUCCAGCUUCGUGUGCUUUACCUGGCUGGGAACCAGCUGGCAAAGCUGCUGGAUUUCACCUUCUUGCACCUGCCGCGACUUCAGGAACUCCAUCUUCAAGAAAACAGCAUUGAAUUACUGGAGGACCAGGCCCUGGCUGGGCUUUCCUCCUUGGCCCUACUGGACCUCAGCAGGAACCAACUGGGCACCAUCAGCAAGGAGGCCCUGCAGCCUCUGAGCAGCCUACAAGUGCUACGCCUCACAGAGAACCCAUGGCGUUGUGAUUGUGCCCUUCACUGGCUGGGCUCUUGGAUCAAAGAGGGGGGCCGUCGGCUUCUGAGCUCCAGAGACAAGAAGAUCACGUGUGCAGAGCCUCCACGCCUGGCGCUACAAAGUCUGCUAGAAGUAUCUGGUGGUAGCCUCAUCUGCAUUCCUCCUUCUGUGACCGUGGAGCCCCCGGAGCUCACAGCUAAUCUGGGGGAGGACCUGCAGGUAGCCUGCCAGGCAUCAGGCUACCCACAACCCCUGGUGGUCUGGAGAAAGCUGUCCCAGCCUCGCGAUAGCAAGCCUCAAGCCCAGGCCCAGCUGGAAGGUGGGGUACCAGGUCUGGGCGGGCAUGCCACCCGUGACACCGGCAGCGGCAUGCUCUUCCUCACCAACAUCACACUGGCCCACGCAGGCAAGUACGAAUGCGAGGCCGCCAAUGCAGGUGGCAAAGCGCGUGUGCCCUUUCAUCUCCUGGUCAACGCAUCCCGGCAGCAGUCACAGCACCUACCCGCUCCGCAAGCCCCGGCUACACGCCCUGUGGGACAUGAACCCCAGCCUGAGGCAGGUAGCAUGGCCUUCCGAGCCCUGGGACUAGCAACGCAGACCGCGAUCACAGCAGCCAUAGCGCUGCUGGCGCUCACCGCGCUGCUGUUAGCAGCUAUGAUCUGCCGACGCCGGCGCCGGCGGAAAAAGUUGCCUGCGCCGCCAGGUGAAGGCACCCUAUUUGUCAAUGACUAUUCGGAUGGGCCUUGCACCUUCGCACAGCUCGAGGAGCUCCGUGAUGACCAUGGACACGAGAUGUUCGUCAUUGACCGGUCCAAGCCCCUGUUCCCAGAGGUACCGCCCGAGGAGGCCCCAGAACACACUCCUCCGGAGGGGCUCAGGUCUGGGCUACGCCUCCCUACACGUGUAGCCUAUGAGAUCCAUUGCUGAGCUUGCGCGUACUAAUGACGUAGCACUGGGGAUUGGCCGGUGCAGCUGCGCGCAUGCUCAAAGUAAAAUUGAAGCCAGGCUUCACCACUGAGUGUGUUGGGGCGGCCUGGUGGGGAGUCGUGGGUUGGACCUUGGAUAGUGUUCCUCUAGCUGCCAGCUCUGGUGAUCCACCUUGGCUCU